UCUUCUCACGUCGCGUUGUUCGAUCUCACAUUCGAGCAGCUGCUCUUAAAUCUGUCGGUUUCCCCCCAUGAUCAUUAUUAUUUGUCACAUGCGCACAGCUUUGGUUUGUUUGCGACUUUGAAAAAGUUAUUAUAAGAGGCACAAUCGUCCAAAGAAGGUAGAGAUACUUCGAGGGGGAGAUGAGUUCUGCAGGUUCGGGCUUCGCUGAUGACCUGGGUCCAAACAUCAGCCAGGAGGAGCUGGACUUCUCCGACCUGUUUCUGUAUCAUGUUCCUGGGGAGGACUUUCCUGGCGACUGCGAUAAAGACGACCUUCAGAGCACCAAACAGCCUCCUCUGCUGGUGGUGGACCUUCCCGCUGCCUACAUCUCCGGUUCCGACCGGGACGAGUCCAGCCAGGACACCUCUCCCCUCAGCCCUCCCACGGCCCACCUCUCCGGGGUCAUGUUCGACUCCCUGGGGCAGGCUUCCAGACCCGGGACCGUCCCCGCACCCAGCCCCAGGAUAGAGAUCACUCCGUCAGGGGACUCUCUCAGCUCUCAAACCCUGGAGCUGAGCCCCGGCACCAAAGCCCCGGCCUACAGGGAGUGUGUGAGCCCGGCCAGCAGCAACUCCUCCACCGGCUGGCCCGCAGAGGCCCUGUCUCCUUUGGCUUCGCCGUGCAUCUCCCCGUCUAACGGAGGCAGCAGCGCUGGCGCCGGCUUCUCCAGCUUGGACCUCUGCCCGGGCCUCCAGGGCAUCCACACUUCUUCUGCCCACUCCUCCCCGGGAGCCUCACCGCGCAACAGCGUGACAGACGAGACCUUCCUCGUGCCCAGGCACCAGCGCGCCGCCUCCUCCCUCCCCCACCAGCGCUCCCGCUCCGCCUCGCCGCACGGGAAGCGCUGCUACGACCCGUCCCACCCGUGUCCGGGGGCCACUCCUGUCAAGCAGCGCUCCCGAAGCCCCAGCCCCAUCCCCUCGCUCCAUCAUGAGCAGCAGGGGUCCUACUACCUCCAUCAGUACCAGGCCCACGCGGAGUUCCACCCCCAAACUCAGAGCCCCCCCCCGGGCCUGGAGGAGAUGCUGAGCGGCCUCAGCUCCGGCCCCUCCAGAGCGCCGCCGUAUGCCGCGGGGCGAGACGCCGACGGGCCGGCCCAGAGGCAGGACUGCGUGUACGGGCUGGGCUACGAGCAGGAGGUCAAGUCUGAGACCUUCUACAUGCUGCCGACCGCGUGGUCUCCUCCUCAUGCGCUCCACCACGGGGCCCUCAGCGGACUGGCGGGGGCUCCCCUCCCCUCCCUCGAGUGGCCGCUGCCCAGCCAGUCGGGUCAGUACGAGCUUCUCAUCCAGCAAGAGCCCAGAUCCCACCACAGAGCUCACUAUGAGACGGAGGGCAGCCGCGGAGCUGUGAAGACACCGAACGGAGGGCAUCCCGAAGUUCAGCUGCGUGGGUACCAGGGCCCGGCUCCGCUGGGGCUGCAGGUCUUCAUAGGCACAGCGGACGAGAGGAUCCUGAAGCCGCACGCCUUCUACCAGGUCCACCGCAUCACCGGCAAGACGGUCACCACGCCCAGCACCGAGCACUGGAUGAACGGCACCAAGGUGCUGGAGAUCCCUCUGGAGCCAAAGAACCACAUGAGAGUGAUGAUCGACUGUGUGGGAAUCCUCAAGUUGAGGAACGCCGACAUCGAGCUGAGGAACGGGGAGACGGACGUUGGGAGGAAGAACACGCGCGUGCGCUUGGUGUUCCGCGUCCACGUCCCUCAGCCUGGAGGACAACUGGUGUCCCUCCAAGCGGCCUCUCAUCCCAUCGAAUGCUCCCAGCGCUCUGCUCAGGAGUUCCCUGCAGUCGAGAGGCAGGACCUGGACCGCUGCUCAGUGCUCGGAGGUCAACAAAUGGUCCUUACGGGGCAGAAUUUCACAUCCGACUCCAAAGUGAUAUUUUCCGAGAAGACGCAAGAUGGGAAGCAGAUCUGGGAGGUGGAGGCCACGGUUGACAGAGAUAAAACACAAGCCAACAUGCUCUUCGUGGAGGUCCCUCCGUACAGAAGCCGCAGCAUUUCCCACCCAGCUAAAGUCAACUUCUACGUGGUCAACGGGAAGAAGAAACGCAGUCAGCCUCAGCACUUCAUCUUCAGCCCCAUGAUGGCCAUAAAAGCAGAACCGCUGGACGAUUGCCAUUCAUACAUCUACUCAGACAACCAGUGCCUGUCUGGCCUGUCCAUGAAGUCUCUUCGCCACCACCUGGAGCACGAGAGCAACCUUCACUCCUUGAAUUUCGGUCCAACGGUGUACCAUCGAGCCCCCGUGGAGCCGCGAGGCCACGCCUCCUUCCCCGAUCCGCUGGACGACGCGCCGCUCUACUACCAGUCCGUGAUCGACAACCCCGCCCUUUACCAACGUUACGCCAACUGGGCGACCCCCCCCCAUGGCGCCCUGAUGGCCUCCCACCCGACCCCCGCUGCCAGCCCGUGCGUCAGGGCCCCCGAGGGCAAACCGGGCCCGGGCCCUCACGCCGGCGACUCGGUGUCCAGAUACCAGAGUUACACGCAGACAGCGCUGCCCCUGGGGAAGUCACCAUCGAGGUACGCCCCCCCCCCAAGCCAGGCGAAGGCCGGGGGCCGAGCGGAGCCUCUGGACCACGGCGGCUCGGCCUACGAGGAGCGAGCCCCGGGGCGGGUCCCGGUCAAACGAGAGAAUCCCCGCUACGCUUACCUGGAGGACGUGAAUGACAUCAUAAGAAGAGACAUGAAAGGCCACAAUGGAGAGUGAUCCUGGAGGCCAGAUGUCCAUCAGACCAAGCAUAAUAUGUCAAAUAUAUAAUCUACAAUGUCCUGAAGUGUCUUGCAAUAAAACAACUUCACGUGUUCCAUGUUGAUUUUAGACUUUUUAGCUUUAGAAAUGGUAGUAGACAGCAUGUGCUGUACCCUAUAUUGUGUAUCUAAUGGGGCUUUGUAUUAAUCUUUUUAUCUUUGUUCAUGUAUUUGUACAAUUUCUCUUUGUAAGCAUGUAUAAGAUGUUGUAAAUCAAAUAUAUUCUGUUGAUACUAAUCAGUAUGUUUGGAUUAAAACGAGGAAUAGACCAAAGAGAAUUAUCUCAAUUAGUGUGUAAUAGGACUCCCACAGAUGAACUAGUGCUUCAACCACCGUUGUCAAGUAACUAUAAAAUAUCUUCUUUAAAAGAAGUUCAUGACUAAAAGCAGGAAAGUAUGAAUUCAAAACGUUGAGUUAUUAUUACUUAGUGAAUGGGUUAUGAACUGCAAUCUGAAAAACUCAAUAAAGCUGUCAGACAAAUAAUAAGAAUAAAAUGUUAUAUAGUGGAGUUGGAGGCCUUAAAGUGAUAUACAGUCCUUGGAGGUGUAAAAAUAGGUUGAUACUCGUAACUAGGUUACAUUUAUCAUACUCCUGUCAUUGUGUGUCCUUUUUUUAAUCCAAUGGCAGCAUUCUUUUUUGUAAACGUUUAUGCCAAUAAAGCACAUUGCUCUGAAUUGGUUGAUACAUAUUGAUUGAGCGCUAGAGGGCGACAU